GCAGCGUUGGUGGAACUCAGCAAUGACUCUUGCUUCGUGCGAACAGUCUUGCUCUUGCCUACAGAGCAACCAAGGUACAUCGAAAAGCACGGAGGAAUACGCGCCUAUGCAAGAUUUUUAAAAUCCGGUUGAGCGGCGUUCAGAAGACCGCGACCGCGAGCGUCACGGAUGCACGGGAGCUAUCGACGCGAUGUCGAUUCUUUGACGUCGCCAGGGGCGAGGCCCGAGCCCGCGAUGCCACCCACAUCACAGUCGCCGGCUCACGUCACCAACGGACGGCCGACUGUGUUCACCGUCAGCGGAAACCUUCCAGAGGAAAGACGACCAGAGAGGCCUGCCUCUAAAAAAAGAUGGACCACUGCCAUGAUUGCUGGAAGUGUCAUCCUAGCCGUUGUCGUGUUAGCUGCCGCCGUCAUUGGGACUUUGUUUUCGCUUGGAUUUGUGACCGUUCUUUCCGAUGAACCAAAAUCGGAACAUUUGGCCGAUGAUGGGAAUGUAUCGAGGACGUGCAAGACUCAACAAUGCACAGACGUGUCCAGCGCCUUACAGCAGACACUCACGGGAAUGUACGACCCUUGCGACAACUUCUACAAGUACGUUUGCAGCGGUUGGAAGGCAGCGCCGAGCUCCAAGGUGACCAGCGUGUUUGGUCAGCAUCAAACGAAUUUAACAGCGUCCGUGGUUCAAGCCCUGAAAUACACCAAGGUUCCGGCGGAAAAUCAGAGUCCCUACCAGAAAGCAGCGGGUCUGUUUCAGUCAUGUUUAAGCAUUCUGGACGCCGACAAUUCCGAUAUAGACGCAAGAAAAAGCAUCUUAGAAUUCCUGCGCGCACGGAAAGCUCCAUUUGUCAUCUACUCCGACGUGGACCCGGCGGCUUUGAUGUUGGACUUUACGCUAAACUAUGGCCUUUCGGUCCUGUUCGACCUGAAAGUGGACGAGGCGCACACCAUCUCCGGAAGCCGCUACUUGAAGUUGCAUAUGCGUUCGUCUCUUUGCCGAAGACAAAAGGCCUCGACUGAGCAAGUCAUGGAGCAUCUAACCUGGCUGGGAAUUGAAAACGAGCAAGAAAAACAUAACAUGACCACCAUAAUUACGACCGUGAAUGAGUUUCUGAUUAAACUUUGCCAAAAGGUAGUGGAGGAUAAAGGGCAACCGGAGAUGCCCAUCUUCCUUCUGAGAACGUUUGAGAAAGUCGUCAUGCAUGCUUCAGGUGAUCUUUGGAAUAGCUACAUGAGGGGCCUCACUGAGGGCGCUCUUCCGGGAGAGCACUACGUGGCGUUUCCAGGCAACUAUGUAAACAGGUUUCUCAGAACCGUGUUUGACAAGUUAGAACGGGAUCAUCUGCGGCUUUGGAUGAGCUGGGACGUGUCCAUACAGCUAAGGCAGAUGGUAGUACAUAGCGCACCGGGGUCUUUCAAAAUAAACAGCCUACAAGAACAGUGGGAGCAGCGGUGUCUCAAGCACACGUUUGAGGUGUUGCAGUAUGCGGCGUAUUCUGUAUAUCUCCACAUCGCAGUUACAAACAAGACAGUGUCUAACGCUAGGGCGAUGGUUGAAAAGAUCACUCAUUCGAUCGGUCGCCGAAUUGAAGAGUCAUCUUGGCUCGAAGAUACCACGAAAAAAGUUGCACUCAGAAAGUUCACCAAGAUGGAGAGGAUCGUCGGUUAUCCCGAACCGGCUGAGUCCGCCCAAACGCUUCAAGAAUACUACGCAAACUUGAAAGACGUUGGCCCUUCGUUCAUCGAGAACUGGCUGCAGGCAUCACAUGUUUCCGCCCGGAAGGUAUUGGACCGCUUAGCAGAGAAUCCCCCGGUCAUCAAGGUGAACACCGACAUGAGCCUGGUCAACGCUCUUUACCAACCGAUGCUAAACACCAUGCUUGUACCCGCAGCCCUUUUGACACCACCAUUCUUCGGAACCAUACCAGCGGUCGACUUCGGCUCCGUGGGUCACCUUGCUGCUCACGAAAUGAUGCACGCCUUUGAUGUAAACAGCAAAAAGCGUGACGACAACUUGAAUUCGAGGGACUGGUGGACUCCUCGAUCGAUGGAAGAGUACAAUAAGCGUGUUUUAUGCCUCCGCAACUCGGCCAAGGGGGGCGGAGCGGCACCCGACCUCUCGGAACCGGAUGAUGACAAGGAUUCCGAGAUGAUGAGCGACGUCCUCGGCCUACCUGGAUUAUUGGACGCGUACGCAGCGGAAACGUCGCUUCCCGAAUCUCUGCUUCAUCUCGGCGGAUUGGAGAAAUACACCAGCGACCAGCUCUUCUUCGUUGCCUUCUGCUACAAGUGGUGCUCCAAUAAGCGUCCGGGUCGUCGCUACCCCGACUUCAGCGUGAGGUGUAACAUGCCCCUGAAAAAUACGCCAGAGUUUGCGAGUGCAUUCAGCUGCAGUGAGGACUCUCCGAUGAAUCCGAGAGAAAAGUGUAGCUUCUGGUGAGAAGGACGAGGAAUGUCUCCACAGUCUAUACCGUAAACGGGUGCUCGCUCUGUGAAAAAAACAAAGACAAAAACAAAAACACAAAUGUGGUUGGAAGGACACUGCAGAUGUGGGUAACUCCACCUGUCUAUUCUGCACACCACAUAACUUUCCAUCAUCUUAAAGCUCUUUCAGAGACAAGUCAUUUUAUAGUGAGUAGAAAAUAUGUUGUGAAGACUCAAGUCUUUUGACUUGGAAAUGUCUGAUUAUGCUAUUUUUUAUUGCUUCACUCAUCUGUAAUAGUAUUUUAUGUUUGCGAAAAAACUUGUCUGGCAUAAUUUAAAAUACUCUUUUUAAAUAGUGUUAAUUCCCCUAUGUAAAAAGUACUUAAAGACUGUCGGGCUGCUCCUGGAUGUUUGCUCUCACAAUUUGUUUUGCGAAUAGUUUCUGUUUUUGUUUACAAAAACAACAGCUGUAGUGCGGUAUAGUUCUUAUGUUUAUUAGGUUGGCGCAAUGUUUCGAGUCAUCGGGGCUGAGAGUCACCAGUUCAGGGAAUAAGUACAAGUCACGAUGUAAAUCUAUGAUAUUUAAGCAGGAAGUCAAUAUAGAAUAUAUUAUUACUGUGACGAAUGUGUGAAUAGUAGCGGAAUAUUGCGGCGUGCGAAUGACAUGCAUCUGGUCAAUGGUCUCCCUCUGUUUUUUUCAAUGUGCUGCGAUCUGUGGUUGUCCUAACACGAGGUCGGAAGUUUGCUGAGACGGAGAUGAAUAACUUAAAAAUACCGUCUCUGAUGCUUAGACCCACAAUUUUAGUUUUCGCCAGGAGCCUUCCCUUAUCACAAUGGCAUGAGUUCAACACCUGAGACAAAACCAAAACAUUAACGAAGAACUAAGUAAACGUGUUCAAUAGCUUUGCAAAGGUUGUUCCCAGCAAAAAUGUUUAGAACAAAUUCGCAAAUUAAGUUUGUCGGCGCGGCUUCUUAUAUUUUCCUUUCCUACAGGGUCGCAUAUACAUUCUAAACACAGCGAAACAAUAUAGAAGAGUUGGUUUCUGCAUUGAACAGUUAGAAGUUUAUGUUAGAGAUCGGAUAUUUUUGUACAUUUUUAAGGUGUACUAUUGUUUCUGCCAGAAAGGAAUUAGCAUAGAAUUCCUAAAAAUCUAAACUCCCGACUCAGACGCAUAUGCCUGACUUUCAUGCCAUUUAGUGAGAUAUGGCUUCUGCUUUUAAUGACCGCAUGUCAUUGAAUGCAGAAAACGAAUGACACUUAGGAAUACGACUCUGGUAGCUGGAACGUCCUUUUUGUUUAAAGGGAUGCUAAACCGAAAUCUGGAUUCCACAGAACACGGCGGCAAAUGCGUGCAACGAGAUGCUACAAACACCAAAACAUCACUCAUACAGCGAUAUCUCGAACGGAUGUCCGUAUUUUUAAUAAAAAGGUGGCGCAUUCGACAGAUACGUUUACGUCUUGUUUUUCCAAGAAGGAGGGGGAACGGUCUCGCGUCUUUUCCGCUUCGCCGCCUUGAGGGGGCGAAACGAAGAGAGAAGGAAACGAUAUAUUUUUACGUCAUGCACCUCGUCGGCCUGGUUCAAUCUCGACCACUUUUUCCAAAAAUACGGCCGUCCAUCCAAGAUAUCGCAUUACGUGUAGUGUUGUAGGGAUCGUAGCGUUCCGCCUACAUCUCCUGCAUUGUUUUUUGAAAUCCAAAUUUCGGUUCACCAUCCCUUUAAGCGCCUUUGUCGCUGUUUUUGUAACGUUCAGCGUUUAACUUGUAGGUUAAUUGCUGCACGAAAAUCAUUCUUAUAUUUAAAACUACCCCAACAUGGCACUUUUUUAAUGCGGAUUUUUGCGUUAUCAUUUGAAAGGAGCCCUAACAUGGAGGUCGGCCUUCUCAUUCUUGUACAACCCUUUAGCGUACAGGGGUUCUAUUCUAAUUUAUUGUCAGUGAAGUUGAUCGCCAUAAACUUACAAAAGCUAAAAUUGACGAUAAAACACACCAUUGACUACACGUCAAGCUUGUUAAGUUGAAAUACCGAUUGUGCGGAGCAUUCUAGAGUGGUCAAACUGUUGACGCCACUAUCCUUACAGUACGAAUUUAAGUAAAACUGGACUGAACUCACAUUAUUAUACGUGGCUAAUCGAAAUAUUCAAGGAUAUUUUAUAAUUUAGUUUUCUAUCAAGGAAGUAUUUAUUUUUUUACUUUAUUGUUAAAAAGCUGAUUGGUAUCUUUUAAUCUCCGGUGCUAAUAUUUCAACAAAUAAAUGUCAAAAUACCAAAAGCCGUAUGACGACAGAUACCCUAGAUACGUUUCUUGACAAAGCGAACUAUUUUACAAUUUCGACCUAAAUUACAUUCCAACUACAAUUGUUGUUGCUUAAUCACUUUACUCCGAUUUUGUUCCUUUUGCAGUGACAUAUUGUUGCAAACCGGCUUUCUUUUUCAGUAAAAGGUGUUUGUUUCGUGCUCCCAUUUAUUUGUAACUUUCAGCUUUAUAACGGUUCUCAUCACGUAAUACAGCAAUUUGCCACCGAUGUCGGUGCACUCUUUGUUGACGUUUUUGUUGUCUCGCUAUUGUUUGUAGUCGCGAUAGAUUCAAGUUUCGGGAAAAAUAUAUGAUUGUUUUGUAUUUUAAUCUACCGGUCAGAAAUAAAUGUUUACCUGUAAUUUUA